GAGGGUUGUCUUCGAGAACCGAGCCUCCAGUGCUGUGCUGCUGUGCGAACACUGGAAACAUCGCUGCUUCAGAUGCGAUAUUCUGCUACCGAUCAACACAAAAACACUAGAAACUGUAUUUCUAUUUUCCCGAGAAUUUGAUCAGCAAGAAAGUGUUUAAAAAGGCCUAGAAAAAGGGCAUGAGUGUCAAUUGCUCCACAAAAGCAUAGCUUGAAAUCGCCUCACCUCACUCAUCCCCAUAACUUUCUUCAUCACUCUCCCCUCUUCCCUUAUCCUACUUUUCCUUCCACACUAAGUCUCCUCUCCUUCAUCUUCCCAGAUUCUGCAGCCCAAAUUCAUAUCCGAAAGCCAGAGAGCUUCCCCUCUGCUCUUCAAUGGCGGAUACAGUUACAGACACUUACGUCAAGCCACAUAAGCUAGCCUCACAAAUCCCGAAAGAUCAACCGAACCCAAGUAAGUUUUACACUCAUUUCUUGUACAAAGCCGUUGUUGUUGCAGUUUUUCUGGUAGUUCUUCCUCUGUUUCCUUCGCAAGCCCCCGAAUUCAUCAACCAAACUCUCCAUACCAGAAGCUGGGAGCUUCUUCAGCUUCUCUUCGUCGGAAUCGCAGUUUCCUACGGCCUUUUCAGCUGCCGAAACGACGAAACGGAAAAGGAUUAUAACACCAAAUCGGAUAGUGCUCAGUCGAUCGUGACGAGAUUUCUUCAGGCUUCGUCAGUUUUUGACGACGAGGCCGAGAGCCCAUCUGGGUCCAACGAGAACAAGGUCCAGACGUGGAAUUCGCAGUAUUUCAGGGAAGAACCAAUGCUGGUUCUGGCUGAGGAAAGCUCCGUUCUUGAAGAAGGAAAGCCGCUGUUUCUGCCGGUUCGGAGCUUGAAAUCGCGAGUUCCGGACGCUGUUUUUGCCGGAGCAUCCGUUGAUUCGAGUUUGAAAGUUGGGUCUCUGAGCAGGUCUGGCUCAAAUCGAGGUUCAAGCAAUUCAUUUGGAGGUUUGAAUUCUCUGGAUCUGGAGGAGAAAGCAGAGGACAAUGUUGUUCUCCGUUCUCCCAUUCCGUGGAGAUCGAGAUCAGGGAAGAUCGAUAUGAAGGAAGACAUUGAUGGAGUUUCUUCAACGGAGGAAACUGAGCUCAAUCGAAUCGAAUCGCGCUCUAUUAGGCCCCAGUCUUCUCGCCCAUCCAAACCCAAUUCAGCCUCUCCUUCCCCAAACAAGAUUUCCCCUUCACCAUCACUUUCUUCCCCAAAGAACCCCUCGGAAUCACCGGCCAAGAACAUAGAAGAUGCGGCCAGGAAGAAAACCUACUACAAAUCUCCGCCGCCACCAGCUCCUCCGCCGCCUCCACCGCCGCGACAUGUACACAAACCUGCUCUGGUGAAGUCCUAUUCCAGCCUCUCGAAUUUCGAAAUUUAUCCCGGCAAGGAGCUGAGAAGAAGCGUCAGGAGCGUACCCUCUGAAUGUACGCGAAAUGACAGGGAAGAGCCGCUGAUGGGGAAAUCGGUGAGAAAGAUUAGAGGAAGCGAACCAUUUGGGGAUUUUCUUCAGGACAAUGAGGAUGAAUUUGCUGAAACUAGGGCGGCGGAAACUGAUGAAGAGUCGGACGUUGAAAACGGCCGGGGCAAUGAAGAAGCGGCUUCAAACGGCGCCGGAGACGGGUGGCCGCCGGACGUAAACAAGAAGGCGGACGAGUUCAUCGCCAAGUUCAGAGAGCAGAUUAGGCUUCAGAGGAUAGAAUCGAUCAAGAGAUCAACUGGGCAGAUGGCUAGAAACUCUGUUGUAAAGUAAAUGGGUUUGAGUCGCUGAGGGACAGAAUUGGUGUUUAAUUUUCUCUAUAAAUCAAUUUGAUGCUUCUAAAUUUCUAAUAAUUCUAAGCCUUCUCUCUUUUUAUUUCUUUU